CCAAAGAGUGCGUCUGCGACUCAGUGUAACUCCACUACACAUGUAUUGGGGGGAGGGGGUCGCAAUCGUGACGCCAGCACGUCGAUAUGACAGGGGGGUCCGUUGGUCAUACAUGUGAGCUGCGAGCCGGACGAAUAAACAUUCCAUUUGGACCCUCGUCAACCGCUCAGAAAAUGGGUGCACGUGGCCGGUGUUGGGAACGAGAGCCGAGAGUCGUGUCACAGUCGACGAGGAGGAUCACGAAGCGGAACCAAGGAAAACAACGCAGAAUGCUACCAAAACUUGCAUUUCAUCAUUUAUUGAUGACUGCUCUGUGUCCUCGAUAAGGAUCGUGGCCAGGAAAGAUCGAGGCACGGUGGGCACGAGUCACACAUGUCAAUUAAAAAUAAUUAAAACAAGUAAUUAAGUGUAAAUUUGUACAUGCAUAGUGAAUAAGUAAACAUUUUCAAAAGUGACUUCACAGUGAAAAAAAAUACAUGGGAGAUUUAUGUUCACAAUAUUAUUAUCACGCUUGUUUACCCACGACAGCCUCACGACUCUGUUUCGUGGUGGUCUAGCCACGUUUUCACGGUAAAAAGGUGAUUGUUGCGAUAUAUAAUUCCAAUUGAAUCAUCUAUGGGUAGUGUUUAAAAUACGGCAAGUAAUUAAGAGCAUAUGCUGGCACACACAAUUGACUUACUCUUGAGAAUGAUGGCACUGGAUAUUUAACGUCCACAGUGAAGCAGACAGCGCGCAUUUUUAUGGUUAUUACCGCAAUAAUAAGCAGGGCGGCUGCUGCAUUUCGAACCGUGAACAUCUUGCAGCAAGCGGCGAACUGGCUAUCGCUGGCCCAUGGCACCGCCAUGUUAUUGUCUUUUUGAUUUGUAACGUUCCUACCUGCCCCGAACUGGACAUCUGUGAAAAAGAGCUUUAUUAUAGCUCAUUGGAUUCCUCCAGUAUGAAUAUUCUGAUUCUGAUAUGGUUAAUCUAUCUAGUUGUGUAGUUGGAAGUAUAUGAGUUUACAUAAACAUCAUAACCAUUUGGUGGUACUGUAUGUGGGUUUUACUAUGGAUAGACGUCCCUACAAUAGCUAUGUGCAAUUUCCACCGCUGGUUCAGGGCUAUAAGCAGGAGAUGAACAUCGAUACCUCGGUGCUCAUUUGAUAAGGAAGUCACUUUGACUUAAAAUAGAAAUCGUGUACCUACUCUAGAUAACAUCAUCGUGAACACCAUUUGGUGUUAUCGGCAUCAGCCAUUGUCUCUGUUAGGGUCCUGUUUCAAUUGGUACCAAUGCGCAAUUGUAAUGUAAAAUAAACAUCUUUCUUCACUGCGGAGGGCCACUGUCAUGAUAUUAUAUGUAUGUACUGUAUAAAUAUAUCUAACCCUAUGAAGGCUUGGAUUCAGCUUUCCCUCGCUUGAACGGGCUGCUUAAAUGUACACUAUUGUUAAGGGUGGAGGCUUCGUGCAAUAUAGAAUGGAAAUGCACUCAUUGUCAGGUAUUACGUUAAGCAGUGGGAUAAUCGAAACGGGGGUUAUAGCUUACGCAUUAAUGUGGAGCCAAAAAAAAGUAAUAUCUGUCAUUGUGAAACACUUCGCAAUUUGCUGUGCAAAUCGGUUGUAAAUGAAGGUGCUCUCGACUCUCACCCCAUUAGAUUGAGGUCAGCAUAUACACUGUACUCUGUGCAUGUCACAUAAAUAAUCAUCAUAAUAAUAAAAACGCCGUGCUCAGAAAAUAAAUUGAGCCGGGAGGGCAAGCAAGAAUGGACGGCAGGACCAGUUUGGCGGUGGCUUUUCGGCUUUAAUUUCCUCUCUCGCUCGGGCCACUCUCCUCGCCGGCCCCGGCCCGGCCCGGCCCCACUCGGGCAGGGCCGGGGGGGGGUGCCCGAGGCGACGGCUCCGUCCGCGCUAUCUCCGCGGCCGCGGGACAUCGCGCAGAGACCAUCGCGGACGGAAGACGGUCGCUCGUGGGGGCGAUGUUACAACGACGGCUCACGGGGGAAGCCGCUAAUUUGCAUGAGUCAGAGAGAGAGAGGGCAGCAGCAGCAGCCGCGGCGGUGGUGGUGUGGGCUCCUCGGGCUCGGCACCACGUGAGCGCGCCCGUGUGUAGGUGUUGGUGGUGAGUCAGACGCCGACGCCGCCGCCGCCGCUGCCGCAGCCGCGCGUACAUCUCGCGCACUGCCGAUUGUCGUCUUCCCGCGAGAGACUCUUCCCGCCAGCUCUCCGGCACGAGCCGGCUGGUGGGUGGUGGUGGUGUAGUAACCGAGGUGCCAUCGGUCUCGUCGUCUUCUGCUCGUCCGUCGGUGGCCGGCGUCGCCCGUGCCCUUAUCUCUCGGGCGCGUCCAGCGAGGGACGAAGGGGUGGGUGGGUGGUGGUGAGGAGGAGGACGAGGAGGCCUCUCUGAAUCUCGCCGUCCGCUCGUUAUGAUGUUGGCCGCUUUUUGUUGUUCGCCUCCUCGAUCGAGGUGGGCAUUCUUCAAAAGAAGGCCCGCUCAUUGACGGCGAAGCAGCCGGCGGAGGCGAGGUCUGCGGGAGGAGGGAAAGGACGGCAUGAGCACGUGGCCACAGUGAGCAAACCUGCUGAGGCCUUCUGUCCGACCGGGGGAUUAGGCCCCCACUGCGGAAGGGCGGCCACCGGGCACCCUGGCCUCCUCACUGCCCGCCUCGCCCCGCACGUACUCGCUCCAGCAGCAGGGCGGCCUGACUGCACCCCGGCCAGGGCACGGCCCUGCAGGACCCAACAGGCGGACGAGGAAUGAGGUCAUCCCGCCAGGACCCAGACCAGCGCCUGCCCCAGCCAGGAGUAUGGACCACCUGCCCACGCGCGCGAAGGCCUUGGGUUCUGAUUCCCGCGGUGAUGAGACUACCCACGCCCUGAAAGCCCAGCUGGGACUGCUCCUGGGGGAGAGGAGCGCGCCCUCCACCCCCGCCACUCCGCGCUCCCACGGACAGAGGGGGCACAUGGGGAAGAGCCCUCCCUCCGCUGUGACGAGUGGAUCGGCCUCUCCACACGCAGCCAGCCCGUGCCACUCGCCUGCUCGAGAGGGAGCUGUUCCACCUGGGGAGCUGAGCCCAGCCCACCUGCUACCCACGCCCAGCUCCACGCUGGAGAGCCAGGACAGCGGCAUCAUUGCCACAAUCACGAGGUCGGGCGGCAGCCUCGAACAGAUGGAGGAAGGAAGCCCCCCGGAUGACAUGGCCGAGUUUGGCCAGCCCGAAUCAUCAGGUGCUGCUGCUUAUGCCGAAAAGGGAAACAUUGCAGCCCAGCAAGAGGCCACCCAAGGUUGCCGGUCGAACAGUUACUCGCGCUUGCGUGCCUCGCCUCCUUCGCGCUCAUCCGACAGCCUGAGCGUAAUGAGCAACGUGCUUCCAAAGGACCGAUCCCAGAAACGCAGCUUUUCCCACGACUUCAGCGACGACGAAGAAGACGAUGGUGACAUGGACGGCACCGAAGUGUGCUCCCUGCUGGGCCUAACGGGGCCCUACGGGGUGGGGGCCGAGGGGGAGCCUCCCCCCUACAGGGCGGCCGCACGUAGGCUGAGCCAGAGCGCCGAUCAGGGCCUGGAUGUGCCCCCGCCCCCCACCGCCCGCCGCUCGCCGUCCCUGCUCGCCCCGCGACCCAACUCCAUCGCAGCGAGCAGCCUCGCUCGUCUCGAGGAUUUGGGCCCACUGGACGAGCCGCGCGGGGAGCCGCUGCACGCCUCCAUGAGGACUCCACGCCAGCCCCUGGCGGCCCCACACUCCCAGCCCCUACACAACAUGGCGGCGCGCCUUCCCUCCUGCAAGCCAGUCGACGCUGCCCUCAAGCCGCUGCCCUUUGAGCUGCCGAGCGUGGCGGGCGAGGUUUCCUUCGUUGGGCGAGAAUGGCUCUUCCGUGAGCUGGAGCUCCGGCUGGGAGGUCGGGUAUCGGGCGGCGGCAGCGGCAGAAGCAGCAUCGGUGGCAGUGGAGGAGUUUUCAUUGUCGGGGGCGUUGGGUCUGGGAAAACGGCGAUUGUGGCUCGUUUGGUGCGACUUAGCUGCCACGGGGAGACAGCUGCAUCUCGGAAUGUUGAUGAGGGGAGGGAACGGACUGGACCCGCCUGCCGGGGAGGCAACAGCAGCUACAACCCCGCACAGCAUCUGAGGAGCGACGAUCCCGCCAGAAGGCUAGCAGCCAAGGUGGUGGCCUAUCACUACUGCCAGUCGGACCGCGCGAGCACGUGCUUGGUGCCCGAGUUCGUGCACAGCGUGGCGGCGCUGCUGUGCCGGGCGCCGCAGCUGGCAGUGUACCGCGAGCUGGUGGCGCGCUCGCCCGAGCUGCAGACGGCGCUGUCCAUGCGCUCCUGCGUGCAGGAGCCCGGGGCGGCGCUGCGCCUCGGAGUCCUCCAACCGCUGUCCACCCUACGCAAGGACGGGAAGCUGGCAGACAGGGACAUGCUGCUGCUGGUGGACGGGCUGCACGAGGCCGAAUUCCACAAGCCCGACCACGGCGACACCAUCGCCUCCUUCCUGGCCGUGCACCUGGCCGCGUUCCCCCCACGCCUCAAGCUGGUGCUCACCGUCCGCACGGCCAGCCAGGAUGUGACGGCGCAGCUGCCGUUCCCGGAGAUCCUUUUGGACCCAGGCCUGGGCGGCCCCGCGAGGGCCCCCGAGGUGGCAGGGCCCGAGGACGACCUGUGCAGCUACGCGGUGCGCCGCGUGAGCGGAGGCUGCCAGACGCAGACCGGGGUGUGGCAGGCGUGGAGGCCCCCAGGCCCGGACGGCGCCGAGAUGACCCAGAUGGCCGACAUGGCCCCACGCCUCGCGGCGAUGGCGCAUGGCUGCUUCCUCUACCUCCGUCUGGCCCUCGACCUGGUCAAGCAGGGAAAUCUGUCGCUCACGGGGCCUGGGUCAAAGGAGCUGCCGUGCUCCCUGUCGGAGCUCUUUGAGCUACAGUGCAACGCGCUCUUCCCAAAGCGGGCGGACUUCAUGCGCGUCCUCCCCCUCCUCAACGUGGCACUGGCAUCCCUGCAGCCCCUUAGCGAGGCGCAGCUACUCCAGGCGCUGCGCGCCGGCCACGUGGGCCUGCCGCCCCCCGGCAGCCCCGCCGCCGACUUCCCGGCCGUCUUGGAGAAGGUGUCGCCGCUGCUGCCGCGUCUCGCUGACGGCACCCGCAUGUUCCGACACCCGGCACUGCGCGAGUGGCUCGCCUGGAGGCAGGAUGGCAAGAGCAAAAGGUUCCUCUGUGAACCCAGGAGUGGGCACGCACUGCUCGCCAUGGCUCUGUCACGUCAGGGCGGCACGCUAAGUCCAGAGCAAACCUUGGAGCUGGGACACCACAUCCUCAAAGCACAUAUCUACAAGGGUCUCAGUAAGCGACCAGGCAUCUCGUCCAGUGUGCUACAAGCCUUGUGGGUGGCGCACAGCACCGAUGGCCUUUCGGCAGCCCUUACCUCCCUUCGCAACCUCUACACACCCAACAUCAAGGUGUCGCGGCUGCUGAUCUUGGCGGGCGCGGACGUGGAGAGCGGCACGGAGGCGCUGUCGGGCGCGCCGCUGCUGUGCGUGCACGCUCACCUGGGCCACGGCGACGCUGUCUCCCUGCUGCUGGAUGCUGGCGCGUGCCCCGACAGCACGGGCGCCAGCGGCGUGGCGGCGCUCAGCCACGCCGCCGCCGCGGGCCACACAGACGUUGUCGCCAGGCUCUGCCACGGGGAUGCCCAGGUGCCGCGCAUUGACCGGGAGGGCCGCUGUGCCCUGGUGCACGCCGCACUGCAGGGCCACUUGGCCACCGUGGAAUUUGUGGCCACCAUGGACUGGAGCCAGCAAGAUGAGCCAGAUCAGCCGGGUCAGCAGGGUCAGCCAGGUCAGAUCAGCAAGAGGCAGGCGGCCCAGCAGGCGCUCACCGCCGCUGCCAGCAUGGGCCACGCGGAGGUCGUGGAAUACCUACUAAGUCUUCCAUCACUGUCAAGCGAGCACGAAGAGGAGGAGGAAGAGGCUGGGGAAGGGAGCCGUGUACAGAUCGAUGCCUUUGACACCCUGUGGGGAGAAACAGCGCUGACGGCUGCAGCGGGCCGCGGGCGGCUCUCGGUGUGCGAGCUGCUGCUGGAGCGAGGGGCGUUGCUCUCCCAGGCCGGUCGGCGAGGGGUCACGCCGCUCAUCAGCGCCGCCCGGCAGGGCCACUGGCAGGUGGUGCUGCUCCUCCUGCGGCGCGGGGCAGAACCAGACGCGCCGGAGAGGCGAGGCCGGACGGCGCUCAUGGCGGCCGCUUGCGAGGGCCACACCAACACCGUGGACGUGCUCCUGUCCAGGGGUGCAAAUGUGUCUGUGGCGGACCACGAGGGGCUCAGUGCCCUGAGCUGGGCCUGCCUGAAGGGCCGCCUGGCCGUGGUGCAGACGCUGCUGGCGCACGGCGCUCCGGUGAACCACGCCGACCGGAGUGGCCGCACACCUCUGGGCCUGGCUGCCUUCCACGGCGACGCCGAAGUGGUGCAGUUCCUGCUGGAGCAUGGAGCCAAUAUGGAGCAUGUGGACGAGAGUGGCAUGCGACCGCUGGACCGCGCAAUCGGCUGCCGGAACACGGCCGUGGUGCUUGCUCUGCUCAAGAAGGGUGCAAACCUAGGCCCCGCCUCCUGGGCCAUGGCGACGUCGAAGCCGGACAUCACGGUGCUGCUGCUCAACCGCGUGAUCGAGGAGGGGAACGAACUUUACAAGUCGGGGCGGAUGAAGGAGGCAGCUCAGCGCUACCAUUUGGCGCUGAAGAGGUUUCCCCGAGAGAGCUUUGGGGAGGAGCUGGGCACCUUUCAGGACCUGCGCGUCACCCUCUACCUCAACCUGUCUCGCUGUCGCCGCAAGCUCAAUGAUUAUGGGCUGGCGGAGGAGUUUGCUACCAAGGCCCUGGAGCUGAAGCCAAGGUCGCACGAAGCGCUGUACGCCCGGGCACGUGCCAAGCGCAGCAGCAGGCAGUUCCUCGCGGCGCUCGAGGACCUGCAGCACGCGGCGAGACUUUACCCCGAGAACCGCGAGGUGGCGCGCCUCCUGGCACGCGUCAUGGACGAAUGCCGGCAGCAGCAGCAGCACAUCGCUCACCAGGAGGAGCCGGCGGAGGAGGAAGAGGAGCCGGAGGAGCAAGAAGCAGAAGACGAUCAAGUGGCUGCCAUGCCAAACGAAGAGGUCUGCUACCCGGGACCCCCCAGCGCAGAGCAGCGCUAUGGCGAGCGACAGGGAAGGGGGGACGGCAGUUACCCGGAGCCCAUGUUGCAAAGGGCCGUGUCCAUCGCAUACGGAGAGUUUGACUGUGAAAACGCUUCUCCCCCGACCACGCGCAUUCUGCAGCGCUGCCGGUCGUUUGUGCUGCCGGACGAAGACACGCAAUGGCACGGAGGUCUGCAGCAGGACAUGAGGGCCAAGUGCCAAAUAGGAACUGACGUGUGUGGACAGGCGGAGAUCAGGCGCGGGCUGCAGACCCUCAUGAUGCCCCGCUCUCGACACGACUCUGGCCGCGGGGACCAAAUGCUGAUGUCGUCGCCAGCCCCCAUGCAGUGGCUUGGGAACAGAGACAAUGGGUAUUCUGACAUGGACAUGCAGUACGAAGCGCCGGUCCCCGCCCUGCACAGGGCCGCGAGCUACCAGAGCUGCAACGUGCCCAUCUGUCAGCAGAAGGUGGACCUCGCCGGCAACAGGCCCUUGCAGUCCGUAAGGUCCUGUGGAGAGUGCAUCGCUGACCAAUACAUGGAGAUGAAUGUGCCACCUUCUGCUAUGUUUGGCUGCAGCGAUGUUCAACAGUGCAUGAGCGGUGGGGCUUAUGAUGUACCUGACCAUCAACAGAGCAGCAGUAAAUCUAGAUUGUGCGGUGACCUUGGAAGCAACGCAUACAGCUGCCCCGUUGGCAUGGGCCCUUCCGAGUUGCGACGCCUCAACACCACCCUGUGCCCUUCGUCCCUUUUGUCUGUGAAUGCCGGCUUGCGCGCCUCCACGCCCUGCCUUGCCGAAGGAGGCGGCCGCUCCUACAGCUGCAACCAGCGAGAUGAGUUUCGCACCUGCACCAUGCUGGGCCCCCGAUCGUCCAGGACAGAGGAGCGCCUCUCCAUGGAAUCCCCUCCGUACGGCCAGUGUGACAGCAAGGGCUAUUCCAGGCCCUUCAUGGGCAUAGCGGACAAGAGGGUGAGGACGCAGCCGUCCAUUCAGCAGCCGGUCCCCUUGUCCCAGUGCCCGCCGAUGCCAACUCGUCAGCAGAGCAGGGGCUGGCUCACCUCGUCCGUGGACCUCAUCGUGUCAAACCCAGCGCCCUGCACCAGUAACGAUUAUUACAACAACGACGACCAUGGCCUGUCGUCCUCGGCAGGAAUGUGGCAAUCGGAGAGCGUCGCUCAGUGCGGUCGCCCGAACGGAGGGGCCUUCAGCUGGCAGGCGAGCGAGCCCGACCCGUACGCGCCGCACCUCCAGAGCAGCGGCGGCGGCGGCGGCGGCGUCGUCAUACCGGGCAGACGGUUCGCGCGGGAGAGCUCGACGUGUUACGAAGACGCUUGCGGGAUUUACGGCUACCAGGAGAGCGUGGGUGCAGUUGUGGAGCGGGUGGUGAGGCAACCGAGGCCGCCCUGCCGCUCCCCUCUCUUGCCAAAGCGUCCUUUUGUCGAAUCCAAUGUUUGAAGAAGUCCCCGGGACAUUUUUUUCCCUCCCAUUAUUUUUUUGAACUUGGUAUUGAAGCAGAGUUUGACUUUAAAAGUUUACAUUUACUUCCAUGCCCAUCAGUAUCGACUUGCGUUUACCUUAAUGACCUGUUUUAAAGAAUAAAUCGUGUAUUGUUAUUUAAGACAAUGGAGAAUGCAACUUAAGUCAGCCAUAUUUGUAAUAUUGUAAUAUUUGUUGUUUCGGAGUGCGGGGAUGGGUGGCGGCGGUGAGACGGAGUCGGGAACUUUAUUUCUGCAGUUGAACCACUGUCAACUUAAAAGGAGUUUCAUUACAAUUAAUGUUCAUUCUUAAAAAAUAUAAAUUUAUGCUUUUGUGAUGCCAAUGUAAAAGCAUUGCUUUGUGAAUUAUAGAAUUAGUUUUAUGGACGAUAUCCCUCGAUUGUAAAAUAAUGGGUGAGCUUGUUGGAGCCACAUGCCGUAAGUGCUGGUGAUGGGCUUUUUCCCUCUUGUUGCUGUUGUCUGCUUGUGAAAGCUGCACACUGUACUUUCAGUCUCUUGCAAUGAUUGUAAAAAAUGUGGAAAUAUUAAACUCCAUUUUGGUUGCAGCCAU